AUGCGCGACAAUCCAAUGAUCGCAAACCGGCUCCUGCUGGGACUGGUGUUGCUAGUGUACUCUGCAAGCGAAGUUCUGGCCAAGGACUGGGUGGCGACUGAUAUCUGCUAUAGCGACGACCUCGGGAACAAUCUUUGCUAUGAUCCUGUGUCGCUGACGCCUUUCGAAUACAUUCAACUUCAGAGCGUCGGUAGUGAGACUGUCGUAAACUACGACGUGUCGCCCUCGCAGAUGGGAAUCGACUACAUGAACUACGUGUACGGGACCGAUAACGUUACGCACGCGAGGCAUUUAUUUGGAAUCAGCAAGCGCGCUUCGGACUGGCGUGACUAUUUGUGUGUCAUGGUCGACCUCAAGCAGCAGCAGAAUGCACUCGACGACGUACUAUGAUGUUAAGAUGUUUGCCGCCAAUUGUAUAAAACAAGCGUACAGUGCUGCGAUGAGAGUCGAACUGUGCUCUGGCGUCUCGCAGACAAUCUGUGUCUCGGACAGAGCAAAGGGUUGCUCCGACUCGCCUCAAUCAUGUUUCGAGCAAAUUGAAAUUGAAGAGCUGCUAUAGAAAUUGAUUGGCGUUAUGAACUUACCUUGCACGAGAG